AUGUUCACCUACACGGCUAUAUAUGCCUCAAAUCUAAGUGGAGAGAGAACGGACCUGUGGGUUGUCCUCCUCAACAUCUGUCACACUUAUUCCCUGCACUCGUCUCCGUGGAUGAUAGGUGGGGACUUUAACCAGAUUGUGAGCCCGACGGAGCAUUCUAAUCUAGCGAUCUUUGCCCCCAACUCUAACAUGCUGGAGUUCAGAGAUUGUCUUACCCAAUUGGGUGUCUUCGACCUAAGAUACCAAGGUCCUCUUCACACUUGGUCUAACCGCCAGCCAGACUCCCCAGUAGCGAAAAAACUUGAUCGCUUACUGAUCAACUGCCACCUCUUAGCCCUUUUCCCAAACUGUUAUGCCUACUUCCUCCCGCCUCUAAUGUCUCACCAUAAUCCCUGCCUUGUAGACCUAGCCCACAAACUUCCUAAAGCCGGAACUAGGCCCUUUAAAUUCUUCAACUAUCUCACCCGCCACCCUGACUUUCUUCCGCUGGUACAAGCUCUCCAGGCGCCCUCCCAACAACUCUUUGACCAAGAGCGAACUCUUCAUGAUCACACGAACUUCCUGAGAAACAUUGAGGAAAGUUAUUUCAAGCAGAAAUCAAGAAUCAACUGGUUAAAGGAAGGAGACCAGAACACUAUGUACUUCCAGAGAAUUGCGCAAACGAGAGGGAGCUUUAACUCAGUCCGUUCCUUUACUCUGCCUUCUGGAGAUAUCCUAGUUGACCCCUUGGAGAUGAGCUCCCAUGCCAUAAAUCACUUCAAAUCAAUCUUGGGGCCUGUCUUCCUCCCUCCCAUCUCUCUUCGAUCUCCACCAAGUUGGUUCCAAGACUUGUGCCCUUACAGGUGCCCCCCAGAGCGAAGAAGCGCCAUGAUCUCCGUGCCGACUUCAGGGGAAAUCACAAAGGUCCUCUUCAAGCUAAAUCCGAACAAGUCUUCAGGGCCGGAUGGUCUCACCUCUGGUUUUUACAAAGCCGCGUGGAAUGUCUUGGGAAAUGAAGUUACCUCAUCUAUUGCCCAUUUCUUCUCCUCCUCCUUCAUGCCAGCCUCAACAAAUUUCACUAUCUUCACUCUUGUCCCUAAAUUUCCAGGAGCAUCGAAAAUCUCUGACUAUAGGCCUAUCUCCUGUUUGAAUACCUUGUACAAAGUUGUCUCCAGAUUGCUUGUAUCCCGACUUAAACCCAUCCUCCCUGAUCUGAUAGUGCCAAACCAAACAGCCUUCGUUAAAGACAGACUCUUAGUGGAGAAUACAGUUUUAGCUGGUGAGCUAGUUAAUGGCUAUCAUAAAACCAAGGGUCCAAAGAAAAUUACCAUAAAGGUGGAUAUCGCCAAACAUUUUGAUAGCGUGUCUUGGAGUUUCUCUUCAACUGCUUGGAGGGGCUUUCUCUUCCUCCACAAUACAUUCACUGGUUGCGAUCCUGUAUCUGCACAACAAAUUUCACAGUUGGUUAUAACGGAAUGGUCCAAGGUUAUUUCAAAGGGAAAAGAGGCUUGA